GGUACAAAAAAAUUUCCUCUUCCUUCCCUUUCGUGGUGGUUGAUGUCUCUGAGCUUAAAAAACCCAAACCAAACCACCGCAAGAGACGCCUUCAGAUCUGAGAGUGGAGAGCCCCUUCCACUGCAGAGUCUGACCCAUCGAAGGACAGCAGACAAAGGAGGAAUUGGGUUCCCAUCACAUUGGCAUGCAGGGAACCAUCUCCUCCAAUAUGUUAGGUGGAUACAGGGGGGCAGAGGAUCCUAUUUGGGUUUGCCAUAGAGCUUCAAGGAUGGACACAAAAGAAUGGGGAUACUUCAGCCGUCUUCCAAACUUGGAGAUAUCUACUAUCAUAAGAGGAGGCGUUGUCAGUGGUAAGUGAGGACCAGUCCAUCUUUGACCCAUCGUUCAGCACUCCGCACCUUUUGAAGACCGAGCUACCCUCUGUGGAUGACUAUGGUGGCAAGGAAGGCAUCGGUUUGGAGGAGCCCCCAUGGCCAAACCAGGCCAACAACAGAGUCCACGUAGUGAAGCAAGAAAAUGAGCAGGUCAACUGCUCCAGCAGCAAACAAUCUCCCGUGGACUGUAGCAUGACCCGGAGGAACAAGGCAGUUGUCCCUUCCCAGGUCUCCUAUCCAGGCGGAUACAACAACCAGCGAAGCAGCCCUCCCAUCAACCCUCCCAGUGAGGAGAAGAGAGUUAUUGUCCCAGCAGACCCUGGUGUGUGGACGCAUGAUCAUGUCCGUCAGUGGCUGGACUGGGCAGUGAAGGAGUACGGCCUUCUGGAUAUCGAGACCAGCCUCUUUCAGCAUAUAGAUGGCAAGGAGCUGUGCAAACUUGGCAAGGAAGGUUUCCUACGUCUCACCACACCAUACAAUGCAGAAGUGUUGCUGUCUCAUCUCUCCUACUUGCGCCAGAGCAGCCCCACUUUUACAUAUCCAUCUGCUCCAGUCAUUACGCAGCAGCCUCCCCCUCCACCACCAAGAGCCCAAGUCAAAACCGAGUCUCCAUAUGAAGAAAUACGGAGGAGCAGCUGGGGCAGUGGUCCUAUCAGUACAUCUUCCAAAGGUUCUCCACCACAGAUCCAGAGUGUGAGUCGAACUCCUGAUUCAACACGUGUUGCACCAGAUCCAUACCAGGUCCUGGGACCCACCAGCAGCCGCUUGGCAAAUCCAGGCAGCGGGCAGAUCCAGCUGUGGCAGUUUCUCCUGGAGCUGCUGUCCGACAGCAACAAUGCCAACUGCAUCACUUGGGAAGGAACCAAUGGCGAGUUCAAAAUGACAGAUCCCGAUGAGGUGGCGAGGCGAUGGGGUGAGCGCAAGAGCAAGCCCAACAUGAACUAUGACAAGCUGAGCCGGGCACUACGCUAUUACUACGACAAGAGCAUCAUGACCAAAGUUCAUGGCAAGCGCUAUGCCUACAAGUUCGACUUCCAGGGCAUCAACCAGGCCCAGCAGGGGCAGCCCGGAGAGCCUGCCCUGUACAAGUACCACCACACGGACCUACCCUAUCUUCCCUCUUACCACCAGCAGAAAGUAGGCUUCAGCUUGAGCCACACCAAUCAAAUGCCCACCUCGUCCACUGGCUUCUUUGGGGCACCUUCCCCUUACUGGAAUUCCAGCAGUGGAAACAUCUACCAAAGUCCCACCAUGCCACGGCAGAGUCCCUACUACUAGCCAACAAGGGUUCCAGAUAUACUUGAACUUUUUCUGUCAAAACUCACCACUCAAACACCAGUCAAUUCCAAGAAUCAUCAUAAGUAAAGAGGGGUGGUGAGUACCUGGCCAGCAAGCAAUGGGAUUGUCCUCUCCCUUUACUCUUUCUGCAAAGCCAUUGUUUUUCUUACUUAUCACGGGACAUGACUGGAACCACUAAAUGGCUGGAUCUUCUAUUAUCAUCACUUAAAUUUGCACAUUUAGUAUGGAAGGAACUAAGUGUUAGAAGAGACAAGGAGCGGCAUUGUAUCUACAAAAUCUGUAUCCCUUAGUUUGAGGGAUUGCUUGUUUAUUAAUGUUUAUUGCAAGUUGCCUUGGGCAACUCCCAAGUUCUCCCAGUUCCAUGCCCAAAAGCCAACUAGACUGUUUUCAUUUCUAUGGCAAAACUAGUGAAGCAGCAGUACCCCCCAAUGUUUUGCCUCAGUAUCAGAGGGCAGCAGGAAAGCAUAGGGGACAGAGUACAAACAAUCUCACACCUUGGUCCAAAUAUCACGUCCUCACCACCAUCUGUGGCAAAUACUACAACCUGCCUUAUGGUAGAGUUGGCCCUAAAAUUUCCCUUUAAAUUUAAUAAACUGUAAUGCAUUCAUAGUCAUAAAACUGAGCAGUCUACUUCUGUACUGAUGUCAGAGGUUCAAAGCUGAAGUAGAGAACACAGCCAAUGCCAUUACUUUAAGUAUUACAUUUUUAGUAAGCUUCAACUUUUUCAGCAUUAGGGCCAUGUUGGGCUCAAUUGUACUUUUGUGGGCCCACAUCAAUUUUCCCGCAUAUGUGUGGAGUAGCCUAUCUUCAAUCAAUUGUAAUGGACUUGACCAAUCCCCCAGCCGACCAGACCAGAGAGAGAAAUGCACAAAAGAGGUGCUCUGAUCUCUCUUGUAACAUCAAAUCCCACUAGUGUUAAAAACAUUUGGUGGGGUGAGAUAUAAACAUGAUGGAAAUGAUUUUACUAUGUUGCUUUGUCCUGUAGGGAACAUCUGCCAUCGAUCUGGGGAAAGAGCAGCAACUGUGGCGUGUCACUAGUAUUGCUUCUUCCCCCUUAAAACCAGUUUUGUUUUAUUUUAGUUUCGUGAUUCUUGUUCUUUGAAGAAAGAUCAAGUAUGACAAUAGAUGCUUAUCAAUUCAUAUGUGAAAUUCAGUAAUAAAUAUUAAGAUUUGGUCUACUUUAAGCAUUAGGAAAUUAAGAAUUCAGCUCAGAAUAUAGAAAACUUCAGAUGUUUGGGACAACUUUCAUAAUCCCUUGCUACUGACUGGUGGGAUUUUUAGUCCAAAAAUAUCUGGGAGGACAGUUUCCUAGGCUUCGUUUAUAUCGAGGUUAAAAACUUUUGAUUUUCUAGAUGUUUGGGAAUUAAAUUCCCAGAAGACCCAGUCAGCAUAACUAAGGGAAUGGAGUGUGGGAGUUGGAAGUUCGGAACAUCUGAAGUCCAAGGUUUCUUCUCCUGUUUUACCAUUCCCCCCCCCCCCCUUCAAUGAAAUAUGACUGGAUUCAUUUCAUAAAGGGGGAAUUAUAUAAAACUGCUUUAGUCUGCAAUUUAGAUAUUCACGAGGUAAGAAGCAUGUGACACCAAUCUGCAGCAAAAUGAGGCAACAGGCCAGACUGCACCAUGUGAAGAACUGGCUUGUUAUUCAUAGUGAUCCAUAAAAGACAAGUAUCUGAAGGACCGCAUGUUGUCCACACCUCCUUUAAGACUUUAGGGAGAUGGGCAAAAUGGGACUUACUGGCAAUAAUUCAGCGCAAGGGAAUUCUUAGAAGGUGGGGAACAAAAAUACCAGCAUAUUUUUGAUAAAAGUUGUUAAUAAUUGUUAAUAAUAACUUGUAAGCCACUCUGAGUUACCUUCAGGAUAAGAGGCGGGGUAUAAAUGUAGUAAAUAAAUAAAUAAAUAAAUAAAUGUGCCUUAGAAUGGGAGAAACAAAAAAACAUUAGGAAAUUGUCAAAUAAUGGUGUCUUAGAGAAGGGAACUGGUGCUCUCAUUAAAAGUGCCUGAAUAUGUUAACAAAUGUAUGCUUGUGAGUAAACCUUCUGUCAAACCCUAAAUUCUUGUUUUGUUUUUUUUAAAAAUUCACUUGUUUUGUACUAGUCCUCUUUGCAUUAAACAUUGUUGUGGUAUAA